UCAAUCUUCAAACAUACAGGACACAAAGCACACAUCCAAUUUCUCCACCAUCAAAUUCCUCCAUUUGCCCCAGACCCAGAACAUCAAAAGAGAGAAAACGCCUUGCCGGUCAAGCACCCACACCCAUUUCUAGCUACUCCGUUACAUCUUCGACAUCAAAACACCCUUCCCAAACAAUGGAGAACUUGUUCCGCCUAGUCGACCAUGAGGACUUCUUCGCUCGCCGCUGCGUUUGGGUCAGCGGGCCGGUCAUCAUCGGCGCAGGGCCUUCCGGGCUCGCCACCGCUGCCUGCCUCAGAGAACAAGGAGUGCCCUUUGUGGUCCUAGAGAGAGCGGAUUGCAUUGCCUCGUUAUGGCAAAAGAGAACCUACGAUAGGCUCAAGCUUCACCUUCCCAAGCAAUUUUGCCAGCUUCCUAAAUUGCCGUUCCCUGAGGACUUCCCUGAAUACCCCAACAGGAAGCAGUUCAUUGAUUACCUUGAGUCCUAUGCUACGCGCUUCGAGAUUAGCCCCAACUUCAACGAGUGCGUCCAGUCGGCCCGCUAUGAUGAGACCAGCGGUCUGUGGCGCAUCCGAACGGUCCAGGCCAAGGGCUCUAGCCGCUCCGAGAUCGAGUACAUCUGCCAAUGGCUCGUGGUGGCGACGGGAGAGCAUGCGGAGCGCGUGGUGCCGGACAUAGAAGGGCUGGCGGAGUUCAAGGGCGAGGUCAUCCAUGCCUGCGACUACAAGUCCGGCGAGAAGUUUGCCGGGAAGAAGGUCCUAGUUGUCGGUUGCGGCAACUCUGGUAUGGAAGUGUCCCUAGACCUUUGCAACCGCAAUGCUAAGCCUUCGAUGGUGGCCCGUAGCACGGUUCACGUACUGCCUAGAGAAGUUAUGGGGAAGUCCACAUUUGAGCUCGCUGUUUUGCUGAUGAAAUGGCUACCACUUUGGCUGGUUGACAAGAUACUCCUGAUUCUGACAUGGUUGGUGCUCGGAGACACCGGAAAAUAUGGGCUCAAGAGGCCAUCGAUGGGACCAAUGGAGCUCAAGAACGAGAGAGGGAAGACCCCAGUCUUGGACAUUGGAGCUCUGGAAAAGAUCAGAUCUGGAGAGAUUAAGAUUGUCCCUGGGAUCAAGAGGUUCUCACGUGGCCAUGUCGUGGAGCUGGAGAAUGGAGACGAGCUCGACGUUGACUCGGUGGUUCUUGCUACUGGGUACAAAAGCAAUGUCCCCUCUUGGCUUCAGGAGAGUGAGUUCUUCACCAAGAAUGGCUACCCAAAAUCGCAAUUCCCCAAUGGCUGGAAGGGCAAUGCUGGGAUAUAUGCAGUUGGGUUCACGAGGAGAGGGCUGUCUGGUGUAUCCUCUGAUGCCAUGAGGAUUGCUCAGGACAUCGGCAAAGUCUGGAAGGUGGAGACCAGGCAGAAACAGAGGACCACUGCUUGCCACAGGAGAUGCAUCUCCCAGUUCUAAGACACACACAUGAUAUGCCCAAGUUUCAUUUUUUUUUUCUCUUUUUCCACCUUUUUUGGAUGAUUAUUUGGUUUUAUUCACCGUGUAAAGAAGAAAAGAACAUAACCAGACUACGCAUACUGUUAAGAAAAAUUAGAGUCAGCGCAUAGGCACACAGAGGAAGAGCCCUCUCCCAAAGGCCCGGGUGUGGUCGUUUUGUAAUUUCAGGAUGACGAGGCUUUUUUUUUCGUCCCCUUUUCUGAUCUGACAUAUGCAUUAAAGAUCUGUAUACUGACCUGUUGGUGAAGUUGAAUGAUACAGGAUUUGUUUGUUCAA